GGGGAAGUGAGCUGGGGCUGGAGAGAUGGCCCCGGUCUGGAGCCCGCGGCCGCCGCCGCCGCCGCCACCAGCGAGUCGGGAGCAGGUGCGGCCGCAGCCGGAGCGGGGGCCGGAGUCGCGGCUGGAGUGGAGGCGGCGCGUGUAAGUUGCCGAUAGUCGCCUGUGCCGGAACACCUCAAACUCUGGGCGGGAGCCCUUCGGGUGGGCUGAGCAGCGCCCCCAGGCCCAAACAGCAGGGCUGGGGUCUCCCCAGGCGCAGGACUGGCUCCUCUCAGGCCGAGCCCUCCAGGCCGGGCUCUGGGUCUUCCUCUGACUCUCCUCAAACUCAGGACGGAGGCCGGAGACCGGUGACCAUCUCAGUCUCGGGCUUUUUCUCUGUCGGGGUUGUAGCGGCUGGGAGCUCCCUCCUGCCGCCAGCUAGGGAAGGGCCAGCGCCUUCCCACCGUCUCACUCAGCAUCUCCCCCUCUCCUCCCAUUCAAGAACAAGUUUCUUUUUUUCUCUCCAUUGGAAAUUCUGCCCCGGAAGUCCAAAACACCGAUCUGUAUGUCCUUCCCCAGUUCCUGGAGCACUCUUAGAAGUAUUAUCGACCGGCCAGGGCUGAGAAUCUCUCAUUCUUGACUUGACUUUUAUCCUCCUUGGGAGACAAAGUUGCCCCCACCCCCCCUUAAUACCCUCUUAGCUAACUGACACUCCAUGCCUAGGGCUUUAUUUCAUUUGGAUCACCAGCUCCCUGGCCAUUUUAUGUGACUUCCCCCACCCACCUGAGUUCCAGUUUCCUCUGGGCUCCAAUCUAAAGCCCCCAGCGGAUCUGGUCAGUCCCACCCCUGGGUGGGAGUGACCGGAGGGGCUCUGGCCCAGGAUUCCUCACCCUGGAAGGCAGCUCCAAAGCCUCGAGAGAGUUGGGCGUCGGGUACGAACCUGGCAGCUCAGGAGUGGGUGCUCCACUUACCCCACACAAGAAGAUGAAAAAGCGCAAAGAGCUCAAUGCAUUGAUCGGCUUGGCUGGGGACAGCCGGAGAAAGAAGCCCAAGAAAGGCUCAGGCCACCGCCUGCUUCGCACCGAGCCUCCGGACUCCGACUCUGAGUCCAGCUCAGAGGAGGAGGAAUUUGGUGUAAAUGGAAAUCGCUCUCGCUUUGUCAAGGGAGACUAUUUACGAUGCUGCAAGAUCUGUUAUCCCCUCUGUGCUUUUGUCAUCCUUGCCGCCUGUGUUGUGGCCUGCGUUGGCUUGGUGUGGAUGCAAGUUGCUCUGAAGGAAGAUCUGGAUGCCCUCAAGGAAAAAUUUAGAACAAUGGAAUCUAAUCAGAAAAGCUCAUUCCAAGAAAUUCCCAAACUUAACGAAGAACUACUCAACAAACAAAAACAACUUGAGAAGAUUGAAUCUGGGGAGCUGGGGUUGAACAAAGUCUGGAUAAACAUCACAGAAAUGAAUAAGCAGAUUUCUCUGCUGACUUCUGCAGUAAACCACCUCAAAGCCAAUGUCAAGUCAGCUGCAGACUUAAUUAGCCUGCCUGCCACUGUAGAGGGACUUCAGAAGAGCGUAGCUUCCAUUGGCAACACUUUAAACAGCGUCCAUCUUGCUGUGGAGGCAAUACAGAAGACUGUGGACGAACACAAGAAAACCAUGGAGUUACUGCAGAGUAAUAUGAAUCAGCACGCCUUAGAGGAGACCAGUGGAAGCAACCAGGUCAUUCCAUCACCUUCAGCUACAUCUGAACUUGACAGUAAAACCCACAGUGAGAAUUUGAAACAGAUGAAUGAUAGAGCUGCCACUCUGAAGAGAGAGUCUUUACAUCAAGUGACCAACAGAAUAGAGUCAGUAAAAUCCCAGAGCAUAAAGUUCCUGCCACCAGUUGAAUCAUUGCCAUGGCAGGAGAGAAGGAAGAUCAGGGAAAUACUUGAGAAAGAAGAUAGUUCAGAUUCUCAGGUAUCCAAGCUCAGAGAGAAACUGCAGCUGAUCAGUGCUCUCACAAACAAACCUGAGAGCAGCAGGCCUCCAGAGACUGCUGAUGAAGAGCAAGUUCAGAGUUCCACAUCAAAGCCAUCAGCAUUGCCAAAAUUCCCGCGAUCCCUUGGAGGCCAGAUUGAGAAAGCUGCCCAGCUAAGACCUGUCUCCCUGCCAGGAAUUUCUAGCACUGAAGAUCUUCAGGAUUUAUUCCAUAAAACUGGCCAGGAUGUGGAUGGGAAGCUGACCUACCAGGAAAUCUGGGACUCCUUAGAUUCUGCUGUGCCAGAACCAGAGCAUUUGAGAGAGUUUGAUUCUGAUGGAGAUGGAAGAUACUCAUUCUUGGAGCUAAGAGUAGCUUUAGGUGUCUAGCCUCAUCAGGCUUAUUUUAGAAAUGGAUGUAUGCCCUGGACUACCUAAUAUCUACUCAGCUAACAAAGACAACCCUUUUACCGUCAACCCUCCAGUCCUCCAAACUACAGUAGCAGACACAUUGCCACCUUUUAACUUGUUUGAAAAAGCUAUAUAAAAGUUAUUUUUUUAAAAAAGAAGACCAUUUUACUUAUAUGAUAUUCAGAAAUCUAUGAUUUCCUGAAACCAGUAAGAUCUUAAUUUUAAAAUUGCCAGAAAAAAAGUCAAGCCCUCUUUUUUUCUCUUUCCUUUUUUUGAGGAGGGGAGACCUUAUCUUUUAAAACUGGAAAAUGUGUACAUAGAGAGAAUAAGCCACCUUUUAUAUUUCACAUAAAUUUGCCUUAAAUUAGCUGCACUUUAUACAGACUCAGAAAAUGUCUUUCCUUUAACAAAUAGACCUUUUCUAUUUGUAAAUAUUUAAAAUGAAAGAGUGCGCGUAUUUUGUGAGAAGUAGGAAGAAUGGUUUGAAACAGGACGUGAACAAAUGACUUCUUAUUAAAAACUGCUAAUCUGAUAGCAGCUUGAAGCUAUGUCCCCAUCUCCUUAAGAUAUCUUCUUUAGGUGCUGCCAUGGGGUUUGGCCUGGUGCUGGGGGAAUAGAUUUAGGGAGUGGACACUGUGGGGACAGUGCUGCCUCCAGGCUCAGGAAAGUAAGAUUCUGGCUCUUUGUUCUGUCCUUUCAGCUAAUCCCAACCUGUGAACCAGAGAAGUCUUGAUGGGGAUUUUCUCUCUUUUAAUCCUGUUUCAGGGUUUAUGAGAUAAAAAGUUAGCCAGUGGGAGCUAAACCCCCCUAAGUGAACUAGGUUAUCUUCCCCCACCUACCCACUCAAGUCUACCUUUAACCUCUAGCUGACUUUCACCUCUGAUACUGUCUCCAUUCUGAAUGGCAAGGCUGCAGUCCCUCGGCCCCUGCCUCAGCCUGGCUGCUCAGGAACUAUAGAGGAAAGCUCUGCCUCUAGCUUUGAUCCAGGAAACUUCUUGAGAUUUUACCUGGGGGCUAACCAAGAACCUAAUGUGUUCCUCUGUGGGCUAAGGCCAAAAAAGUUGUGAAAUGAAACACCUGAACUCAUAUUAGGUUUCUUUACAAUUACAGCUCAGAAAUAGCUAGAGGCUUUCUGUCCAGGGGAUGCCAGACACAGCAGGCAGGCCUAGAGCAGGGGGCUUCACCUGUUGGCAAUAAAUCUAAUGCAAGCAAGUGCGAUACUUCUCCCUUUAAAUACUUAUGUAGUCCUGGUACUAAAGGUUCCCGGACCGGAAGGAAUUAUUCCUCACCUAUGUUAAUCUUAGAAGCAAUCUUUGGGCAACACAAAAGGAAAACUCUGCAAAACUUAACUGUGCUGUAGGCCAAGUCAGGGAGAAAAUAGAGGAGCUUUCAGACUUCUUUAGUAGAGCUUGUUUCCAUUUUAAUUUUGUCCAAGUUGCCCUGUUAGCCAUGGAUGCAGUCAAGUACCCUUAAAUAUUUAAGGGCUGGUUUCUUUUUUCUUUAUAUGAUGUUCAGCUUGGUGUUGGGUAACCUUGGUUUUUUUCUAGAAAUAUUAAAAUUUGUUUAAAGCGGGAAUUCUUUUCCCACGAAUGUGUCUGCUUACCUCAUUAUGGCUCAUGCUUCUCUCUCUCUCUCUCUCAAACAAUUCCUUUGCCUAUCUGUGCUACUUUCUUGGAAAGGUUUAAAUAUAGUAUAAAAUUAGCCUGGCACUUUAGGUAACUCGAAGAUAACUUACUCUUCUGGCUGCCUUUCAUGCCCCGCCCCUUUUUAAUAUAUAUACCCUUGCAGAUUUUGUAACAACCAAAUAAAAUUCUAGCAAUAAAUUGAAUUAUACUGCUAUAUUUGUAUAUACUGUACCAUAAAUAGUAUGUCUGUACCUGGAAGGUAUUUUUUUGAGAACUGAUUUAUAUGAAAUAUACUUGAGGGUAAUGUAGCUUGUCCUUUUUAGUUUCAAAUUCUUAUUCAUAGGCAAAUACUUUGAGGACACCUUAACUCUUUGUAUGUACUUUUCUUUUGCAUCAGCUGUGUUUUUUAGUUUAUCCUGUGUUCUUCCCACCUCAAGCUUGUCUGCCUGCUGUCAUCCCUGAACCAGGUGGGUAGUCCCAUCUUCUCCCCUACCAAAUUUGGCAGAGGUGUUCCUGCUACUCUCAGACCUGUGAAAACCCUUGUCACACCACCUGGGAAAGUGCCAAAUCUCCCAGGCAGAACUAGGGCAUCUUGAGCUCCUUUGUUCUAAGUCAAGCAUAUUCAUUGGCUUAAAAAAAGAAUUCCCAUAAGCCUAUAUCGUUCAGUAUUAGAGAUUUUUAUCUGAACGUUGUCUUAACUUAUCCAGCCUAUGACUUGUGUUGAUCUGUAAUCAAGCCUCACCUGCCGUACCUCAGCCCUGAGAGGAAGGCUGGGUAGUAGCAGUGAGUUUGGCUUUGAUUUUCAUUUCAAAUGCUUUUACUUUUUCACUCUGGCAGCUUCUACUGCUGCUUUCCUAAGUUACCCAAAGCAUGGCUCCUUGGUCCUGUUUUUCUUUCACCUUCAAUCUGGUAUAAUGUUUACCUAGAGAGCCUUCCCCAUAAAUCAGAGAGGCAAUAUAUUAUAGGAAGAGAAGAACCACAAGAAGAGAGAACCUGGUUUAGGCAUGACUGUAGUGUCGUCUUUUUUUUUUUUUUUUUUUUUAUUUUGGCACACGGGCUUAGUUGCUCCGUGGCAUGUGGGAUCUUCCUGGAGCUGGGAUCGAACCUGUGACCUCUGCAAUGUCAGGCGGAUUCUUAACCACUGCGCCACCUAGGAAGCCCAUGUAGUGUCGUCUUAAAGGCAGAGAAGGGCCUGGCGCUUAGGAUUGUGUCUGAUACAGCACAGCUGGAGAGUGGACACCCUUCGCCUGCUGCUUUCCCUUCCUUUGGCGUUCCCCCUCACUUUAUGUUGCUGGACGUAACCCCAUCUCCCAGCCCCCCACCACCGCCCCCCACGCUGGUCUUGAUGGUCACAGUUGAAGAUUUUGACUGCGAUGGGCUCAUACUCAUAAUGACCUGCUGUUGCGUUGUUUUUAGUGACAGCUUUUGUUUGCUACACACCUCAUUGAUUUGCUUACCAACACCAGUUAGAUGUGGUCCCCUCUUUCAUAUCCAAACCAGAACUCAUUUGGGUAUUCCUGAGACUUCAUAGAGCGUGUAUUGUUUGUUAUACGAACCUAACCUACCUUGUUGUUUUCUCAUAUUAAGAAAUGUAAAUCUACUUUGCUUUAGCAGAGCUAUUUUGAUAAUGUUUAAGCAAUUUUGGUUCUAUUUAGGGAGCGAAUUCAAGAUUUCCAUCACGUGAUUUGGACUUUGCUAAUUUCAUAUCAGUAAUAAAAUCAUUUUAAUUUAAAUAAAACAUGUCUUUUUUCUC